AUGUGCUACUUCGAACAAACCCGCUGGGCGUGCGGCUACUGGCGCUGGGGCCAUUUCCGGCAGCAGUGCAACAAGGAAUACCGGAUGGGCGAGACGUGCGGCCUGAAGCUGGUCUACGAGACCCGUACCGAGCCCGACGUGUGUAAGCUCUGUCACGACACCGAGAAGAAGCAGCGCCGGUACGAUAAGAUGUUCCGCGACGUUCAGCGGUGGCAGCGCGAGGGCAAUCGGAGUGCCACCAUUGAGCGGACGUGCGGCGAGAUGCACGAUGUGAUGGGGCAGAUCUAUCGGAUGAAGGAAGAGCACGAUCAUAGGCUACAGUCGCUGGGACAGGUAUGA